CUGAUUGAAUGCUGAAUUUCCAUAAUAUAUCAAUGUGCUAAUAAAAGUGAAGAGCUAAAUAGUUGCUCCAUCAAAAUGAAUAUAAUAAUAUUUUUUUGUUAAACCGUUUUGCAUUUGCAUUGAUGUUUGUGAAAUUAUGAAUGGUCAUAAUCAAUUUUUUAUUAGAAGCAUUUUGUAGGUUUUCAUCUUAAGGAUCUAUAUUAUCUUUGUAUGCAUUUUAGGUUAGGCAACAUAACAUAACAUCUUAAAAUAUUAUUUCUGAUUCAUGAGUCUUCAAGUUGAUACUUAGUUUUAUUUAAUACUUAGCAUGGAAUUUCAUAGUAUAUGAAAUGAAUUCAAUCUUUAUUUCAAUCAAAAGCUUAUUGCUUUUUCAAGUAUGAAUUGAAAAUAACCUGUAUUCAAAUCAAAACAUUGUAUGCGAGUUCUCAUAUUUUCAUUGUAUCUUAUAAUUUAAAAAAUGGAAUCAAACGAAAUAAAUUCUGUCAUUCAUCAUUUGUGGAUUGACAAGUACGCUCGCAUUGGACUUCUGAGCGUGGUUUCAAUUUCUCUGGUGUUUUCUAUGUUGAGAUUCGUCUCCGGUGUUGUUGUAUUCGCUUCAUAUAUCAGUGGUUUCUUCUUAUUCCACACACUUUUAAAGUACCAAAAGGAAAUAGAGCAAUGGUUGACGAACUUUAUCACUAGAGGAUCCAAAAAACAGACUUUCAAAUACAAAACAAGAAUUCAAUUGAAGUGCAACAUCUGUGGAGAUGGAUCUUGCGAUCGAGAGCGGACGGUCAACACAUCAAAGCCCUGGACUGGACUUAACAUACCAAAACAAAUCGACUCCGCCAUUGAAGAGUUGAUCGAUAAAACACUAGAUGACUUUGUGCAGAGCUGGUAUAAAGACAUUUCAACUGAUGCCAGCUUUCAAAGUGAUCUGCGUAACUGUAUACGUCACACCGCCAGUGUUCUGCUCAGUCGAUUACUUGAGAUUGAUAUUGGCAAAUUUGUGAGUAAUAAGUUGGUGCCUGCAGCUGCAAGGCACCUGGAGUCGCAAAUCAGAACAAUUAAAGGUGAGCAGUUCUGUCCACAUCCCACCAUUUUCAGCAGAGAGACUGAAUUGAAGUAUCUGAGGUGUGUCACCUCUCAACUACUUCCUUACCUGCUCCAGCACUCCUAUUUACAUUGCAAGAUCUACAGUGUGUUAGUAAGAGAGAUAGUGGCAGGUUGGCUUCUGCUGCCGCUGGCCGAUGCUCUGGCUGACCCGGCCAUCAUCAACAGCCUUCUUGUGCUCGUGCUCAGCCGGCAAUCGUUCACUCAGUAUCCGGCCAAUGACAACAUCGAGCAAGUCGAAUUCCUCCAACAUUUCGCCAAUGCCAACAAUAAAGUGCAACAUCCUACGGCAUUGCAACCGGAUAUGUGUAUCAUUCUGAAAGAGCAGUCUUUAUUGUACGCUUUCAUGCAGUUUCUCAAAACUCAGGGAGCAGUUCACAUCCUUCAGUUUUGUCUAGACUUUGAGGCUUUCAAUAAAAAGAUGCUGGUUCCAGAAAUGGACACUGAAGAGCUGGAUAGGCUGUAUAAAGAUGCCUGGGAUCUUUAUUCGGUCUAUUUCAGUCCACAUUCUCCCGAUGCCAUCCACUUUCCAGAGGAGUGCAUUACCGGCAUGAGAAAAGUGCUGUCGAAGGAUGUUACAAAAUUACGCACAUCUCCACCUUUGUUCCAAGCUUAUGAAUUCGCCUACAAUCUUCUAGAUUCAACAUACUGUACUGAAUUUCACUCCAGUGAUGAUUUUUAUGUUUGGCUGUGUGGUCCUAGAAUCUGCAACAGUGGAAAUAAAUCAGAAUCAAGCUCUCCAUCCUUACCUGGAUCUCCUGCUAAAGGAAGUUCUCAGCGUAAUAUGAAGAAUGCCAGAAAACAUAGCAUAUUAAGAUCUGGUAGAAAUCAAGAUGGCGCCAGUGCAGUAUUUCGACUAGGAAGUCGUUUAAAUAAAAUAAAAGGCGCCCUAAAAGCAAAUCCGGUUAUGGAAGGACAAGCAUUCACUCUGGAUACUGGACUAGAACUUGAAGCUGAUCCAGAAUAUGCAGAAGCACUGCAGUUUUGUGAGCCAGAACGUGAUCUGAGUGCUUGGAGAGUGUCAGUGCCAAAUGUAUCACAGAAAUUUGACCCGACAACCAAUAAGUGUGGCCCUGCCUAUACAAUCAACGUACAACGCAUCGAUGUUAGAGAAGGAGAUAGCAGCCAAUGGACAGUAGAAAGAAAACAAGCAGACUUUUACACUCUGGAAUCGAAACUGGCCGAAUUCCAUGGAGAAUUUUCUGAUGCCCAGUUACCGACGAGGAGGCUGCUAGGUCCCUCUGCUCCGGGAUCACGCAGUGAGAGCACCCAGGUGUACGAGGAGUACCUGCACAAACUGCUGGCAAAGCCGUCACUGCGCGGAUCAGACCUGCUGUACUCGUUCCUGUCUGACCCGGGGGAGUUCGUGCCGGAGGUGAGUGCCCUUGGCCGCCUGCUGCGGCGCUCCGUGCCCGGGGUGUCGGCCCUCACUCUGCGCAAGGAGCGCGGCCAGAACCUAGACCCAUUCAUCAACACCUUCUUCACCUCCACCGAGACCAGGGCUAAGAGCAAUAAAAUUGAAUGGAAGGAUAUGAGCGAAGAGUUGUCACCGAGGAAGCAGCGAAACAUCACUGGCUCAAUAUUCAUGAACAAUUUGGGCGUGGGUGAGGAGAUGCUCAGUUUGAAGCAGCCGGCUCCAAAGGGCACUGCUCUGCCACUCAACUGCCCCUCCGAUUGUCUCGUAUUCUUGGCCGUGACUGCGUUCGCCCUACCUCGCCAAAUGCUACAAUUGAUCCUGGCGUUGAAAAGCAUUUUUGGCAAAAUACUAGACGCCCUCAUUGCCUCAUAUGUGAACCAAAAGAUACGCAUCCUGCUCAUUCCUCAGCGCACCGCCUACCUUAUUAGACUGCUGAAGUCAGCUGUUUUCGAAAGCAGACCCCAACUGGACAGGCUGCAUCUAGCUGUCACCGUUGAGAAGAUGAUCGACGAUUGCGGUCGAUUCACAAAACCUGUCUACUUUGCUGUUUAUUCCGCGCUACAAAACCCUAUCCAAAAUAAGCAGCUCUUCUACACACUGAUGGAUGUUUGUGUGCAGGAACUUUUUCCUGAAAUGCGGCAUGAACCUCAAAAGAAUUGUGAUACUGGAAAUAAAAUUGAUAAAUCUAUUUAAUAGAUCAGCAGUCCUUCGUUCUUCCAAAUUAAUAUUUUUACUUUCGCCAACAUUCCUUCUGAAUUCAGGAAAUCGAGUAUCAUAAUAUAUUAUCAAUACGUAUUGUGUUGCUGAUAUCAGCUUUUGUAAUUUAAACAUUGUUUUGGUUUGGAUUAUUAUUUUAAUGAACCAAGGUUGAACUGUGUAAACUGUCAUCUUUUAACAUGUCUCUCAUGUUACAAGUCUCAACCUGAUCCCACCACUUGAUGUAUCAUUGAGAACAUAUUUCAAUAGCAUUCCAACGAAUUGUCAACUCUACGAGUAUACCUUUCAUAGAAGUAUAUGAACAUGAUAUUGCUCUGAAAUUUUAAAGAUCUAUGUUAUUUCAUGUUGUUUUUCUGCUUUAUUAUAUACUCAUUCUGUGUUUCUAAAUAAUAAAUCCAUUUGAAAGAUUUUAUUAAAUAAUACAUUGAAAUUUCUAGUCAAAUUUAAUUUUAUCGAGUAUUGUGGCCAUAUUCCAAAGAGAAAUAGAGUACUUUUACCAAAUUAUUCUCAUCUACUAAUACAAUAAAUUCAACUAGAAUCUACAUCACAAAACGUUACAUUCAUUAUUUAAUUAUAUAUGGAAGAAAACUAGAGUAAUGGUUUUCAGAAUUUGAUAUUAAAACUUGCAUUUACUAUUACAAAAUAAUAAAUAUUAAAAAUAUGAUCAUCACUAUGAAUCUCAUAUUGUAUUAUUUUGAACUCUAACAUUCCCGUAUCAGGCUUAGGCCUAUAUAUUGUGGUUGUAAUAUUUAAAUAUAUGUGCGUUAUUAAAAAAUGUGGUAUUUUAAAAUC